CACCCACUUGCUGAUGCGAUCACGACCCCAUUAGCAGCGUUUCAGCACCGCGGCGCCCUGGACAGCUCCUCCACAUCCUCUCCUCUCGUGGAUCAUUAAUCUGAGGAGGACAGAGGAACUCAGUACAGACACAACACACUGAAGUCUGGAGCAGGAACUUUAGGAGAAGACAUGGAUAUUGAUCGACCAGCAAAUGUGUCCUUUUUUGAUUUCAUUGGAGGAGUUCAACUUCUCCAGGGGGAGGACACCAGAACAGCCCUGCCUGUCAUCCUCAUCGGGAUCUGUGUCUCUGGAGCUGUUGGGAAUUUGCUCGUUUUGCUGAUUUUCAUCCGUGACUUCAGGAACGGGAAGGGCUCCGAGGUGAAAGCCCUCCUCGCCUCUCUGGCUUCCACAGACUUGGUGAUCCUGCUGCUGUGCGCCCCCGUGCGCGCCGUCACCUACUACAAGCAGACCUGGACCCUUGGGAGUUUUGUGUGCAGCACCACGGACUGGUUCCAGCACUCGUGCGUGGUUGCAAAAACUUUAAUCCUUGCAGCCACGACCAGAGCCAAACACACUUUGGCCCCCAGCUCUGCAUCGGGGCCCCUGUCCAGCCCGACGUGGAUCCACGGAGCCCUGGCGUUCAUUUGGGUCGUGUCCAUGAUGUUCCCUCUUCCUCAGAUGCUCUUCGCUGCUGUGGUGCCACGAGGACGGGACAAGAUCUGCGUCUCUGAAAUGCCAGUGUGUGCGUCUGACUUCAUGAGUGUGUUCUACAAGAUUUACCCCACAGCAACCUUCCUCGUGCCAGUCAUCUUCACCACUGCGUACUACACAAAAACCCUCCACGCUGCAGUGAACCACGCACCCAACCCGCAGCACCAGAGCAAGGUUACCCUGGUGUUACUGUGUCUGAGUGGCGCACUGGGGCUCAUGCUGCUGCCAGAGUGGGGGACUUUCACUUGGAUCAGACUUGGCUACAAUAAACCACCUGUGGGUCUCAUCAUCUUCGCGCAAGUCUUCCUUUACGCAUGCAGCUCCCUGUCUCCAGUGAUCCUGAUGACCAUGUACGACGACGUGCGCCAGGGGCUUAUCACCAUCUGGUUCAUUGUGACCUGCAGAGGCUCAAAGCAUCUCCCUAACAACAACAACAAGUGUCCCAAAACGGAGGGGAAUGGAGCAGAAGUGGGAGCCAACACUGUCCCCAACGCUGUCCCUAACACUGUCCCCAAUGCAGUCCCCAACGCAGUCCCCAACGCGCUCUCAGUGGACAAGGAAAAGACCAUCCCAGACGUGGAGCACUUUUGGACAGGGCGCAGGAAUACGCAAGUGGAGGAGGAGCAGGACCCGGUUCCGUGGGAGAGAGAGGAGAAGAUGUUGUGAAAGUGUCUUUUUUUAUAGCAGGAGUUGUUCUCAGCUGGUUGUUAGAUCACUGACCCGCAGUGCAGACCCUCUUUGACCUGUGUGCUGUCGUGAGCUUCAUUAGAUUAAAUCACUUUGAUGUAAAACAUGUUUCUAUCUACUUUUAUUCGUUCUUGCCUGCAGAACUUUCUGCCAGUGAAUCCCCUUUAUAGUAAAAAAUGAUGCCACUGUAAAUAUCCAUGACACUGAGCUUAUACUGAUUGUGUGUUUGAUGCAUAAAUAUUAAAACCUUCUCAAAUAUG